GGCUCAUUGAAAACCAUAAAAACAACCCUGCCCGUAUUCGUUCACCUGGGUCGUCUCCUUUAUAGCUUUCAUCCACUUUCCCUUCUCUCAUUUGCACACGAUCUCGAGGUUUGCUUGCUACAACUUCGAUACCUCCGAUGGCGAUUGAUCCAGUUCGUGUUCUCGUUACCGGCGCCGCAGGACAAAUUGGAUAUGCGCUUGUACCCAUGAUUGCUCGGGGUGUAAUGCUUGGCCCUAACCAGCCUAUUAUAUUGCACAUGCUUGACAUUCCACCUGCUGCUGAAGCUCUUAAUGGUGUUAAAAUGGAGUUGAUUGAUGCAGCUUUCCCUCUCCUCAAGGGAGUUGUUGCAACAACUGAUGUUGCUGAGGCCUGCACUGGGGUCAAUAUAGCUGUGAUGGUUGGCGGGUUCCCUAGAAAAGAGGGUAUGGAGAGAAAGGAUGUGAUGUCAAAGAAUGUGUCUAUCUACAAGUCCCAAGCAUCAGCACUUGAAAAACAUGCAGCAGCAAAUUGCAAGGUCUUGGUUGUGGCCAAUCCAGCCAAUACUAAUGCCCUUAUCUUGAAGGAGUUUGCUCCAUCUAUUCCAGAAAAGAACAUAACCUGUUUAACAAGGUUAGAUCAUAACAGGGCGCUUGGUCAAAUUUCGGAGAGAUUAAAUGUUCAAGUAAGUGAUGUAAGGAACGUUAUUAUUUGGGGAAACCAUUCAUCAACUCAGUACCCUGAUGUCAGCCAUGCCACUGUAAAGACACAAGAUGGUGAAAAACCUGUUCGUGAACUUGUUGCUGAUGAUGAAUGGCUGAGAGGAGAUUUUAUCACAACUGUGCAACAACGUGGUGCUGCGAUCAUCAAAGCUAGGAAGCUCUCCAGUGCCCUUUCUGCUGCAAGUUCUGCCUGUGAUCACAUUCGAGAUUGGGUCCUUGGCACUCCUGAGGGAACUUGGGUCUCCAUGGGUGUCUACUCUGAUGGAUCUUACAAUGUACCUGCUGGACUAAUUUAUUCUUUCCCUGUGACAAGCCUUAAUGGAGAGUGGUCUAUUGUUCAGGGACUUACAAUUGAUGAAUUCUCAAGGAAGAAGCUGGAUGCAACGGCUGAGGAGCUGACUGAGGAGAAGGCUCUGGCAUAUUCCUGCCUCUCAUAAAUUAAGCCACAGCCUUCAGUGAGGUUUUCUUCUGUGCUCUUACUUUUGUUGUUAAAAAUGAAGCCAAAGUUGCACAGCCACAUAUCCUGAAUAAACAGACCGGCACUGAAAGAUUUGGUUGAUAAGCUACUAAUUUCUAAGUACGCUUAACUCUUUCUUCAACUUCUGUUGCUUUAUUCUCAUUUGAUCAACGUUGGCUCCUAUUCCUUCCUCCUGUAUAUGGAGAUACUUGGCUAUCUUGGGAUUAUUUAAGGAAGUAAUUAUUCUCUGAAUCC